AUGCCUCUCGUCAGUCGCUCUUUCACAUCGCCGUCACCGAUGGCGAGUGAACAAAUUCGAAAACGACAGAUUGAACAAGACAUCUCGCAAAACCAUCACCCUGCAAAAAAGCGGAAGGCAAGAAGUACCCGUGCCGUCGCUCCCAAAUUCCCCCCAGCUUUUUACGACGACUUAUCCGAGAUACCCUUAACACUCAACAUCCUGCAAGAAUUAGAUCAGAGGAACGACGCGCGCGCAAAGACGGAAAAACGAACCAACCCCAUCGGUUCACUGCCCAAGGAUCUUUCUCGAUUCUCAAGACGCGGUGGCCCAGAUCUGCAGCACCUUAGAGAGUUUUCGAGCAAGACACGAAACCCUUCGAUAAUGGAAAAUACUAGUUCCAGCUCCCGAAGUCGACGGACGCUAUCAACGAGAGCGACAAGUGUUACUUCUAGAAGCGGCUCAACGCGGUACGGGAAGGAGUUUGAUCAACACCUUCGUGACCACGGUGUAUAUGUGAACAACCGUAAAUCGAAACCGUUGAACACAGAGGAAACAAAGAUGAGAUUGGAACAGAGCCGCGCGUCCUUGUCGCCGUCACAAUUCUCAGAGGAACAGUUCGAGGCAUUUCAAAGGAAGAAUGAAGAUGCUGUGUUUGAAUCUGAUGUCAUGGCUGAUGUCAUUCCCCUUAUCUGUGGAGAUUGUCCCAUUCCUAGCAAACAGAAUGUCCUCUUCACCGAGCUUGAACCUCUCACUAAUGGCAACGCCGUGAGACCAAAGCCAGAUCAUUUUGACGGCGCUGAUCUUGCGGACCUUUUGGCGGCCAACUUCUUCAUAGAGGCCAAGGGACCUGACGGAAAUGCAUCAGUUGCACAGAGGCAGGCAUGCUACGACGGAGCGUACGGUGCCCGUGCCAUGCACACGUUGCAGAAUUAUGGGAAAACCCAAGCGAAAUAUGAUGGAAAUGCUUAUACCUAUAGCUCAACCUAUCAUCCUGCUACUGGCACCCUUCAACUGUACGCACAUCAUAUUACAGCUCCUGCUAAUACUAGAGGACGGGCAGAGUACCACAUGACCAAACUAUGUGGCUUUGAUUUGACAAACAAUCGCGCGACUUUUGUCGAAGGGGCCACGUUUUUUAGAAAUGCAAGGCAGUUGGCCAAAGAACAUCGCGACCGGGCCAUCCAGGUUGCAAACGGAGAAGCUGCCGAAGUUAAGGAUCGAAGUGACAAUAAAGAUCGAGAAUCAGCGUCAUGGCAGGAUGCACAUGAUGCGCUUCAGGAAGGGAUAGCCGAGACGUGCGGAAAUAGUUCCAAACGCGAUGCUGAGGCAUAUGACUUACUACAUGAUUUGCAUGGAGACGAUGAUUCACAGGAGCCAAGUCAAGUAUCGACUGUACUAGGUUACGACGAUCCAUCUUUAAGCUUUACAUCGAGUGUUACUUCCGCCUUGAGCAAUGAGCCGGUGGUCCGAUCGAAGCGCACCAGGCAACUCAACUCACCAGAUAGCUCCUGGGGACGCAGUUCGUCCAAGAGUCGUACGCGCGUUGGCCUAAAUCAGCUGCUUGCAAAGAAAGAGUAG